CUUACGUCAUCCCUUUUCUCAUUCUCUUCUUCGCAUCGCAGCCAGCGUCCCUCACUCCCUCUUUGCUCUCUCGUUUUUGCUUACUCCGUCGUCAUCAAUGGCCGUAACUUUCUCAGAUCUCCACACAGAGUCGGGCGUCAAAUCUCUCGAUGAGUUCCUCUCUGGAAAAACUUACAUCUCCGGAGACCAGUUGACUAAGGAUGACGUAAAGGCGUACGCUGCCGUUUUGGAAAAGCCUGGUGAUUCUUUCCCCAAUGCUGGCAGGUGGUACGAGCUUGUGUCCUCUCGGCUCGCUUCCAGCUUCCCCGGGAAAGCUGUUGGUGUGAGAAUUGGGGGCAAAGCUUCUGCACCUGAAGCUGUAGCUGCACCUGCCAAGGAGGCCCCAGCUGCAGAUGAUGAUGACGAUCUUGAUCUCUUUGGUGAUUAUACAGAGGAGGACAAGAAGGCAGCAGACGAAAGGGAGGCAGCUAAGAAGGAUAAAAAGAAGAGCAAAGAGAGUGGGAAAUCUUCUAUACUUAUGGAUGUGAAACCUUGGGAUGAUGAGACUGACAUGAAGAAGUUGGAGGAGGCUGUAAGGAGUGUUGAGAUGCCUGGUCUCUUCUGGGGAACAUCUAAAUUGGUUCCAGUUGGGUAUGGCAUAAAGAAACUGCAGGUCAUGCUCACUGUUGUGGAUGACCUUGUAUCAGUUGAUUCACUUAUAGAGGAACAUCUCACAGUUGAACCAUGCAAUGAAUACGUCCAGAGUUGUGACAUUGUCGCCUUCAACAAAAUCUAAAAUUAUUCCUCUCUAUCGAAGUAACUGCUUCUGAAGUAGCCAGUUUUCGCCGGUAAUUUAGUUUACGUCAAUAGCAAUCUCUUAUAUGUUUCUUAUUUUUUCCUUUACCUGGUCUUUGCCUUCUGAUUGUGUACUGUGUUUCAUGAACUGAGAAGUUUUAAAAAGAAAAAAACUUUUUAAGCUUCAUUUUUGCAUUGCCUUGUGGCUGCAUGACAUGUCUGUUAUAUUUUUAUCCUGCUAGCCUGUGCAAGUGGAUGAUUUGUUCCCAAUGAAUCUGGUUUUUCUUCAGCACUA